GAAAAUAAAAGGAGAAGCUUUGAAUCAUGUCUAAGUUGAGCACAGUAAUUUGGCCUAAAGUCGUUUUAUUUGGUGACUCCAUCACGCAGUUUUCAUUUCAACCCAGUGGAUGGGGAGCAGAAACUGCAAAUAAACUUGCAAGGAAAUGUGAUGUUGUGAACAGAGGAUUGUCUGGUUAUAACUCCAGAUGGGCAAAAAUCGUCCUUCCUCGCCUCAUCAGCAGCCAGAAUCCAGCAGAAAAUAACAUAGCAGCUGUUACCGUAUUCUUUGGAGCGAAUGAUGCUUCGCUGGAAGAUAAGAACCCACAGCAGCACGUCCCUCUAAAGGAGUAUUCAGAGAACCUGAAGGAGAUCAGCAGGUUUCUGACCUCAGCUGGUGUUGCAGCAGACAAAGUCAUCUUUAUCACUCCUCCUCCGAUUCACGAGCCGGCCUGGGAGAAGGAGUGCAUCCUCAAAGGAUGUCCUCUCAAUCGGCACAACUCGGUGGCGGGACAGUACGCUCAGGCAUGUGUUCAGGCGGCUGGUCAGUGCGGGUCGGACGUCCUGGACCUCUGGACGCUCAUGCAGAAAGACGGACAAGACUUCACCGCCUACCUGUCUGACGGGCUCCACCUUUCAGAGAAGGGAAACCAGUUUGUGGCGCAGCAUCUCUGGAGCAUACUGGAAAGCCGUGUGGCUCAUCUGCCCUUCAUUCUGCCUUACUGGGGAGACGUGGACACCAGUAGCCCAGAGAGCAGCCUCCUCUGCAACUCAUGAAGCAGAAAACGUCUUGGAAAGCUUAAAAACGAGCAGUGGACUUUAGACUUCCCAAAGUAUUAGCUAAUUCUUUGGAAUUACAGCAAGUGGAGUCAAAACUCUACUGUGAAGUAUUAGCACCACUGUGGAUAGAAAGGGGUGGCAAGGACUUAGAAAUCUUUAAAUUAAUCUCAAGAAAUUUUCUAGAAAAAAAAAAUUUUUGAGUUGCAAAUUUGUUUUUAAAAAUUCAGAAACUGAGAAUUGCACAUUUUCUAGAAAAUAGCUUUAAAAUUUCAAUUUGUAAAAGUUGAAGAUUUGGUAGAAUUUUUUUUUAAACAUUUCAUGUUUUCUAGAAAAAAAUAAAAAUUGAGUUGAAAAUUUGCUAAAAAGUUCCAAAAUUGAGAUCUCAAAUUUUCUACAAAAACAGAAAUUUCUGAGUUUGAAAAGUUUAACAUUUCCUAGAAAAAAAAAAUCAGAAAUUCUCUAGAAAAAACAUGGACAUUUAAGAUGCCAAUUUUUAUAUAUCAAAUUUAUUUGACUUUUAAAUGAGAAAUGUCCUAGAUUUUCUUGAAAUAAAAUUUAGAUUUAAUUUAAUCCAAUUUUUUUUUAAAUAACACGUUUCAAACUCAAACAUCCAAAAGAAAGUUCCUGAAAAUUACAGAAGUUAAUCCAAAAACGUCUGCAUUUUUUUGGUGAAAAAUUACUUUUUUCUUCUGUUUCUAACACAGUUGUAAAAGUCAAAUGUUUAACAAUAAAGAUUUUUUUUCUUA